UUUUAACCUCGAGAUCCCGUAUUUAAUUCCUAACAUGCUCACAAUUUUUCAAAAAAAUGUUUGGAGGGAUGUCUCUCAUUUCAAAUCUUUCUUUUUAUUAUAAAUAAUCAGCUUCUCUCCUUGAGCUACUCGCCGAGGCACACUUUGACUGACACUUCCAUUGCAGAAGAAGCAGAAGAGACAGAUCAAAGAUCAAGAUGUUCAGAGCAUUGCAGAUCGUCCUCAGGGGUAAGAGCCGAGGAUUUGUCAGUCACUUCUCCUCCACGGCUUCAAAUUCUGAAAGGUUGGCUGGGAAGGUGGCGGUGAUCACCGGCGCGGCGAGCGGCAUCGGCAAGGCGACCGCGGCGGAGUUCGUCAGGAAUGGCGCCAAGGUCAUCCUCGCCGACGUCCAGGACGACGUCGGCCGCGCCGUCGCCUCGGAGCUCGGCGCGGACGCGGCGUCGUACACCCGCUGCGACGUCACCGACGAGGCGCAGGUCGCGGCGGCCGUGGACCUCGCCGUGGCGCGGCACGGGCAGCUCGACGUCAUGGUCAACAACGCCGGCAUCGUGGGCUCCCUGUCGCGCCCCCCGCUCGGCGCCCUCGACCUCGCCGACUUCGACGCCGUCAUGGCGGUGAACACGCGCGGCGUCCUCGCGGGCGUCAAGCACGCCGCGCGCGUCAUGGCGCCGCGCCGCCGCGGCAGCAUCAUCUGCGUGGCGAGCGUCGCCGGGGUGCUCGGCAGCGUGACGCCGCACCCGUACAGCGUGUCCAAGGCCGCCGUGCUCGGCGCGGUCCGCGCCGCCGCCGGCGAGAUGGCGCGCUCCGGCGUGCGCGUGAACGCCAUCUCCCCCAACUACAUCCCCACGCCGCUGGUGAUGCGCAUCAUGGCGGAGUGGUACCCCGGGGCGAGCGCCGACGAGCACCGCCGCGUCGUGGAGCGGGAGAUCAACGAGAUGGAGGGCGCGACGCUGGAGCCCGAGGACAUCGCGAGGGCGGCGGUGUACCUGGCCUCCGACGAGGCCAAGUACGUGAACGGCCACAACCUCGUCGUCGACGGCGGGUACACCGUCGGCAAGGCGCCCAACCUGCCGGCGCCGCCGCAAUAAUCAACACGAGAAUCGGCGAACGAAUAAUGGCAACAAUUAUGCAUUAUUACUCCGCUAAUGAACAAAUCAUAUGCUUCUCGUUGUUUUUGCAUCGAUCAAAUGCAUUGUUGUGUUGGGAUCAAAUGCCUUUGUUUGGAGUGGAUGAGGUUUUGGGCUUUUUGCCCACGACAAACAAUGUCAAGAGAUGCUGCUCCAA